AUGGAACUAAGUGACAUCUUUCUAAACAAGUAUAAGAUUGAAAGUGUUUUGGGGAGCGGUGGAUUUGGAAAAGUUUACAAAGCAAUUAACACAAAAACAAAUAAAUACGUGGCUAUAAAAACAGAUAUAAAAACCCGUGGGGUGGUAAUUGCUGAGUCUCGUAUACUUACAAAACUGCAAAAUAUUGAAGGAAUACCAAAAGUGUAUGAAUCUGGAAGAGUGGACGAAGUGACUUAUAUGGUCUUCGAAUUACUAGGUCUUAGCUUAGGAAAUGCGAUAAAGCAAAACGGGGGAAAACUGCCAAUUGCAGCUUCAAUAAAGGCUGGCCUUCAACUGCUAACUAGGCUGGAGAAUAUUCAUACAGCUGGGGUUAUCCAUCGUGACAUGAAGCCUCAUAACUGUUUAUUUGAUAUGAAUUAUGAUUUUUUAUAUUUAAUUGACUUUGGUCUUGCAAAAGAAUUUAUGAUUGGAAACCAUCAUCAAUCUGAGCAAACAGGAUGCUCCUGUGUUGGAAAUUCAAGCUUUGCUUCUUUAAAUAACCAUAUGGGAUUCAGACAAUCUCGAAGAGAUGAUCUUGAAAGUUUAGGCUACAUAUUGGUUUACCUUGUGAAAGGAAGACUGCCAUGGCAAAAAUCAGCCCAUAAGAAAUGUAUGGGAAAAUGGCAAAAAGUUUUCGCAAUAAAGGCUGCAGUCACUGUGCACGAAUUAUGCACAGGAUGCCCUAGUGAAUUUGCAGAAUUUCUAAAUUAUGCAAGAAGCCUAAAAUUUGAUGAGAAACCUAAAUAUGAUUAUCUAAGAAGUCUAUUAGAAAAAGCGAAAUACAGCUUACUCCUACCGAAUAAAAAAAAAAAUUUCUUUCAUGGAGGUGGGUUAAUCUAAUCUUUUUAAUAAUUUAUAUAAUUUUUUUUUGAAAUUUAAAAAAAUCGCAUUUCGAAAGAAAGCUGUUUAAAACUAACUUACUAAUUAUCAUAUAUAUAUCGAAUUAAUUUUUUCAUAACAUCAAAAAAUUUUAUAUUAAAAAAAUUUGUACAAAUGAUUUUUCUUAAAAAAUAAGAAGAGGUUUUCCAAUGCUUUGUUCUCUCACUGAGACAGAAGUUAGAAACUCCGGAAUAUACUUUUGGCUGGUUAAAAGACUCUUCAGCUGUCUUGGAAUCAACACCAAAACUUAGGUGUAGAAGCAAUUACCGUCGAGACUCUACAAAAACUCAUGCUAGACGUUCCAAAAGGAGCUCAACCCAUACAGUUGGGCUAAGUCCUGAAGUUCGCCAUGAAAUCCUUGACGAUUUUAAACAGAUGCAUCCAGCUAAAAGAGCCAAACACCACCGCUCCAAAACAAUCCACCCUAAAAAGAACCAUCCUACAGAAAUCGACCCUCCAAGUCUUCCUACUCUGCAUGAGGCAAAAUCUGAUUUUUUCCCUGAGACGAUACACGAAAUAAUUAUCCACGAGCAGGAUUCCAUAAACGAUAUUGAUACACAAAAUAAAUCUUCUCCAGAGGACGAUUAUUCUUCACAGCUUACCGAGCGGAAUGAGCCUCCAGAGAUAUUCCCUUUUAUCUCCAUCCAUUAUUUUACCUAUAAAACCAAUUUUUUCCCAAUAUUUAUCAAAAUUUCAUAUAAUAAACCGCUCAAUAAUAAUGAAGCUUAAAACCCCUUCACCAGAAAUCCCUACAGAAAAGCAUAUCCGAGAAGAGAAAAAUUGCUGUAUAAUUUAA